AUUUAUAAUUAAAAAAAAAAAAAAAAAAAAAAGGAAGAGAAGCUUAGCUUAAAUUGGUACUCCUAGAAAGGAAGAGAAAAGCGCCAUUAGUUGCGCCGUACAGGGAUCUUACGGCAAACAAACAUGCAAAAAGCUUCACUCACUCACCGCCUUCUCUUCUUCCCUUUGAGUCUCUCUCACACAAAGUAACAACUUUAAUUACAACACAUCGAACUAUAUACAUAACUAAUACAUUAUUCCAUGACUCAUUCCUUUUUAUUACAACCCACAUUUCGGAUCUCUUGAUCCUUCUCCUUAGAUCUCCAAGAGAGUAGUACCAAUCGAAAAAGAAGUUGAUUCAAGCUAGGAAAAAAAGAUUUUCUUUUUUGGCCAGCAUGGGAACUGAACAUAAUCAAGUGCUUGAGAAAACCAACGUAAAGAAACACAUGAUGAGCAAGAAAGGGUUAUCUUUGAUUAAUUACGUGCUUGACGAGCAGCGACUUGCCUGUCUAUUCAUAGGAAUUGCCAUUUCAGUUGCGGCUUUCACUGUGGUUAAUUCUGUGUCUUCUCCAUCAUUGUACGGGGAUACAAUUAGUAGUGAUUUGGUUUCGAUUCCUCGAAGAAGAACGUACGAGUUGGUUAGUGAUGAAUCUAACCACAAUGUUAAUGCAGGUGGAAAGGUGCCAUUAGGAUUGAAGAGGAAGAAUCUGAGAGUACUGGUAACAGGUGGAGCAGGGUUUGUGGGGAGCCAUCUAGUAGACAGGUUGAUGGAGAGAGGGGACAGUGUGAUUGUGGUUGAUAACUUCUUCACCGGUCGCAAAGAGAACCUGUUGCACCAUCUCAGGAACCCUAGGUUCGAGCUAGUUAGACAUGAUGUGGUGGAGCCAAUUUUGCUUGAAGUUGAUCACAUUUAUCAUUUGGCUUGCCCUGCUUCUCCUGUUCAUUACAAGUAUAAUCCCGUCAAGACCAUUAAAACAAAUGUGAUGGGAACAUUGAACAUGUUGGGGCUGGCAAAAAGAGUGGGAGCUCGAUUUCUGAUAAGUAGCACCAGUGAAGUGUAUGGUGAUCCUUUGCAGCAUCCUCAAGUCGAAACUUACUGGGGCAAUGUUAACCCCAUUGGUGUCCGGAGUUGUUAUGAUGAAGGAAAACGAACAGCGGAGACUUUGGCAAUGGAUUACCAUAGAGGACUCAACGUUGAGGUUAGAAUUGCUAGGAUUUUCAACACAUAUGGACCGCGUAUGGGCCUAGAUGAUGGUCGGGUUGUGAGCAAUUUCGUUGCACAGGCCUUGAGAAAGCAACCACUAACUGUUUAUGGAGAUGGGAAGCAAACUCGGAGCUUCCAGUAUGUUUCUGAUCUGGUAGAAGGAUUGAUGAGGUUGAUGGAAGGGAAUCAUGUGGGUCCUUUCAAUCUUGGGAACCCUGGUGAAUUUACCAUGAUUGAACUAGCUAAGGUGGUGCAAGAUACAAUAGAUCCAAAUGCAAAGAUAGACUUUAGGCCAAAUACAGAAGAUGAUCCCCACAAGAGAAAGCCUGACAUUACAAAAGCAAAACAACUUUUAGGAUGGGAGCCAACUGUGUCCCUUCGCCAAGGAUUACCUCACAUGGUUGAUGACUUCCGGCAACGCAUAUUUGGUGAUGAAAAGCUUGAUUCUGGCUUAUAGUAAACAAUUCUAUAUUAUUAUAGGCUUUAUUUCGUUGACCCAUAAUUUGGUUAUGGAUGAAAAGAAAGAUCACAAGUUGAAGAUGAAUAGAGCAAUUAUUUAUGUAGGUUAUAAUGACUAUAAUUUUCUUUUUUCAUCAAGAAUUGUUUCAAAAUAAGGUUCUUCCUUACAAUAACCGAAUUGGAAGGUGUGUUUUUUGUGUUUUAGUUAAAUAAAGCAAAAUAGUUUUGAACUUUGAUAAGCAAUUGAGUAUAUGAGACUUUU